CUUUCUCUCUCUCACUCUCUGCGGCAGAAAGAGAGAAAGAAAUGGUACCUUCCUCAACAAACAGCACCUGUCUCACAGACCCCCAAAACCCUAGAAACCCCUUCUGAAAGCAAUGGAAAUCCAUAAAUGCCCCUCACCCCUUCUAUAUGAACCACCACCUCACAGAUCACGCAUAAUUUCUCUCCACUAAGCAUAAACCCAGCCCAUCAAGGCAAAACAAGAACUAAAAAAAACCCCCAAAAUAACCCACAAAAGUCAUUUCUCUCUCUUUUUCUCUCUUAGAUUCCAUUCUUCUACAUCGCAGUUCUAAUCGCAGCUUACUGCACUAUAUGCUUCCAAGAAAGCGAGCUAGCGAAGGAGUUCUGGUUGUAGAAGAAGACACUGAAAACAACAACAACAACACCAACAGCAACAAGAAGAGCGAGAGUUCAUCGGCUUUGAAGAAGAUUCGGAUCGCCGAAGCCGCAGAUUCGACGGGGAAGAUCAGCAGCGACGUCGUUUGCGGCGAGAACAACAUUAGCAACAAGAACAACAACUACAGUAGCGGUAGCGUAGCUAGAGAAGAAGAAAAGCAAGAGGCUCCGAUCAUGGCUUUGGGCGACGCGAAUUCGACGGACAUCGAUGAAGAUCUCCAUAGCCGGCAGCUCGCGGUGUACGGCCGUGAGACGAUGCGGCGGCUUUUCGCAUCGAACGUCCUCGUCUCCGGGUUACAGGGUCUUGGCGCUGAGAUUGCAAAGAAUCUCAUUCUUGCUGGUGUCAAGUCUGUGACCUUGCAUGAUGAAGGAACUGUGGAGUUGUGGGAUUUGUCUAGUAAUUUCAUUUUCUCUGAGAAUGAUGUUGGCAAGAACAGAGCACUUGCUUCCGUUCAGAAGUUGCAAGAUCUCAACAAUGCUGUGGUUGUUCGUACCUUAACAACAAAAUUGACAAAAGAACAGCUUUCUGAUUUCCAGGCUGUUGUGUUUACUGAUAUCAAUUUUGAGGAAGCCAUUGAGUUCAACGAUUACUGUCAUAAUCAUCAGCCUUCUAUUGCAUUCAUCAAAACUGAAGUCAGAGGCCUUUUUGGUUCUGUGUUUUGUGACUUUGGACCUGAGUUCACUGUUGUUGACGUUGAUGGAGAGGAACCCCACUCGGGUAUUAUUGCAUCAAUCAGCAAUGACAAUCCUGCCAUAGUAUCAUGUGUUGAUGAUGAAAGGCUUGAGUUUCAGGACGGGGAUCUUGUUGUGUUCUCUGAAGUUCACGGAAUGACAGAAUUGAAUGAUGGGAAACCAAGGAAGAUUAAAAAUGCAAGGGCUUACUCAUUCACUCUUGAGGAGGAUACCACAAAUUAUGGAGCCUAUAUGAAGGGUGGUAUUGUCACACAGGUGAAACAGCCCAAGGUAUUGAACUUUAAGCCAUUGAAGGAAGCAUUAUCCGAUCCUGGUGAUUUUCUUCUCAGUGAUUUCUCCAAGUUUGAUCGCCCUCCUCUCCUGCACCUCGCAUUCCAAGCACUGGAUAAGUUUGUCUCUGAGUUGGGACGUUUCCCUGUUGCUGGUUCGGAAGAGGAUGCUCAGAAGCUUAUAUCUGUUGCCAGUAACAUUAAUGAGAGCUUGGGAGAUGGGAGACUGGAAGACAUUAAUCCAAAACUUCUGAGGCACUUUGCUUCUGGUGCGAAGGCUGUACUGAAUCCCAUGGCUGCAAUGUUUGGUGGUAUUGUGGGACAAGAGGUUGUGAAAGCAUGUUCUGGGAAGUUCCAUCCACUUUUUCAGUUCUUCUACUUUGACUCAGUGGAGUCACUUCCAACAGAGCCACUGGAUUCCAGUGAUUUAAGACCCUUAAAUGGUCGUUAUGACGCACAGAUUUCUGUCUUCGGAUCUAAGCUUCAGAAGAAACUGGAGGACGCUAUAGUGUUUAUUGUUGGAUCGGGUGCUCUAGGGUGUGAGUUCUUAAAGAAUGUGGCCUUGAUGGGAGUUUCAUGUGGUGAUCAGGGGAAGCUAACAAUUACUGACGAUGAUGUAAUUGAGAAGAGUAACCUCAGUAGGCAGUUCCUCUUCCGUGAUUGGAACAUUGGUCAGGCCAAAUCCACUGUUGCUGCUUCUGCUGCUUCAUCAAUAAACCCUCGUCUGAACAUUGAGGCUUUGCAGAAUCGAGUUGGCCCUGAAACUGAGAAUGUAUUUGAUGAUACCUUCUGGGAGAAUUUGAGUGUUGUGAUUAAUGCUCUAGACAAUGUGAAUGCCCGAUUGUACGUUGACCAGAGAUGCUUAUACUUCCAGAAGCCGCUUCUUGAGUCAGGAACUCUCGGUGCCAAAUGCAACACUCAGAUGGUCAUUCCUCACCUCACAGAAAACUAUGGUGCCUCAAGAGACCCACCUGAGAAACAAGCGCCUAUGUGCACCGUACACUCAUUUCCUCACAACAUUGACCACUGCUUGACAUGGGCUCGAUCUGAGUUUGAGGGUUUGCUUGAGAAAACACCAGCAGAAGUGAAUGCGUAUUUGUCCAACCCAAGUGAAUAUAGUACUGCAAUGAUAAAUGCUGGUGAUGCUCAGGCCAGGGAUAACUUGGAGCGUGUACUGGAGUGUCUUGACAAAGAACGAUGCGAGACAUUCCAAGACUGCAUUACCUGGGCUCGUUUAAGGUUUGAAGAUUAUUUUUCCAACCGUGUCAAGCAGUUGAUUUAUACUUUCCCCGAGGAUGCUGCAACUAGUACUGGGGCUCCAUUCUGGUCAGCCCCUAAGCGAUUCCCUCGUCCACUGCAGUUGUCAUUUGCUGAUCCCAGUUACCUCCAUUUUAUUAUGGCAGCAUCCAUCCUACGCGCAGAGACAUAUGGUAUCCCAAUUCCUGACUGGGUCAAGAAUGCUAAGAAGUUGGCUGAAGCAGUUGAUAGGGUGAUUGUCCCAGAAUUUGAGCCCAAGAAAGAUGUGAGAAUUGUAACAGAUGAGAAGGCUACCAGUAUGUCUACCAGUUCUAUAGAUGAUUCAGAUGUCAUUGCUGAACUAAUCAAGAAGUUAGAGCAGUGCCGGAAGAACCUGCUGCCCGGGUUCCGGAUGAAACCAAUUCAAUUUGAGAAGGAUGAUGAUACGAACUUCCAUAUGGACAUGAUAGCCGGCUUUGCCAACAUGAGGGCACGAAAUUACAGCAUUCCUGAAGUCGACAAGCUGAAAGCCAAGUUUAUUGCUGGAAGGAUCAUUCCUGCAAUUGCAACAUCCACCGCAAUGGCCACGGGUCUUGUCUGCCUGGAGCUGUACAAGGUUUUGGAUGGAGCGCACAAAGUGGAAGCCUAUCGUAACACGUUUGCGAACCUUGCGCUGCCUUUGUUCUCCAUGGCCGAGCCAGUACCGCCCAAGAUCAUCAAGCAUCAGAACAUGAGUUGGACUGUUUGGGACAGGUGGAUCCUGAAAGGCAAUCCUACUCUGAGGGAACUUCUCCAGUGGCUCAAGGAGAAAGGGCUGAAUGCCUACAGCAUUUCAUGCGGUAGUUGCCUGCUCUACAAUAGCAUGUUCCCUCGGCACAAAGACCGAAUGGAUAAGAAAAUGGUGGAUCUUGCCAGGGAAGUGGCCAAAGUAGAACUGCCGGCAUACCGUCGCCACUUGGAUGUCGUGGUGGCAUGCGAAGAUGACGAGGACAACGAUAUUGACAUCCCUCAAGUAUCCAUUUACUACCGUUAGGUUCUGCAAUCCGCGCAGCAAAUUGGAUUGUGAUUUUAGGAAGGAUGAGCACUCUAUGAAAACAACUCUAUUUUUACAGCUCUCCAUGACUCUUUACUGCUCAUUUGACAAUGAGUAAACUAAAUGGGUAUCUUUCACAGAAGUUCACAUUUCAUAAUAUAAAUUUCUGAGUAAUGUGUAUCAUCAGAUAAUUCUCCAUCUAGAUGCUUGCAUUAUUCUAGCUUAUGCUUCA